AGGCUUGCAUCCAGGGGCGGAGACGGGGGGCAGGGGCCUGGCCCCCCUAAUGCUCCCGUAGCACCAUUAUCAAAGGUGGAAUUCUUCCCAGCGGCAGCCUGCGGCAAGACUGUUGGCCCCCCAAUGAUCAAAUCUUGGCUCCGCCCCUGCUUGCAUCUAGCCUUUUUGAGCUAUUAUUGUCGUUAUUCACUUAAUUAGAGUUGGAGGGUGACAUACUGCCAUUAAUUAUAUUUUCUGAGCGUUUAAUUUCUUUUUUUUAAUAAAACAAGCAAGCUGAUGAGGCCGGGUAUGAUACAUGCAUCCGCAGGCUAUAUAUACAGCGCGACAAGCUAGCUGCUAGAUUGGGCGGGCCAUAGGCCAGCCAGCAGCUAGCUACUAGGCCAUCAUCGAUAGAUCUUUGCUUGCAUCGAUCGAUCGAUCCAGCGUAUAGCUAGAGAUGUCGACGUCGUCGUCAAGGGACAGCCUGGUGCUGGGGCGGGUGAUCGGCGACGUGGUGGACCACUUCUCGCCGACGGUAGCGCUCCAGGUCUCCUACAACGGCCGCCGCAUCAUGAACGGCGCCGACUUCCGGCCGUCGGCGGUGGCGGCGAGGCCUCGCGUCGAGGUCGGGGGCACCGAUCUCAGGCAGUGCUACACGCUUAUUAUGGUGGAUCCUGACGCCCCCAACCCAAGCAACCCGACGAUGAGGGAGUAUUUGCACUGGCUGGUGACAGAUAUUCCUGGGACAACUGAUGCUGGCUAUGGUCGGGAGGUGGUCUGCUACGAGAGCCCUCGGCCGGCGGCGGGGAUCCACCGCGUGGUGUUCGUGCUCUUCCGGCAGAUGGCGCGCGGCUCCGUGGACGUGGCGCCGCUCCUCCGCCACAACUUCUGCACCCGGAACUUCGCCGUGGCCCACGGCCUGGGCGCCCCCGUCGACGCCGCCUUCUUCACCUGCCAGCGAGAGGGCGGCACCGGCGGCCGUCGCCUCGUCAUCCGGCCGCCGCGGACGACGACACCGCCGGCGCCGCGCCCUAGCUAGCUAAGCGCUCGAUCCACUACAUACUGCAGCAGCAGAAUAUAUAGAUGGUCGUCACGACAGAUCACUCCUAUAUAUAGCUGUAUACGAUCGACCUACUCAGUGAAUCAGCACGUACGAUCGUAUGUACGUAUACACAUACGGCGGCAUAUAUAUGUAUAUGUAUGCGGGAGGCGAUCGACAAGGACAAGUGGCGGAGCCAGGGGUGCUCAAGCUCCCCUACCACCUUGGCUUCUAUGGAAGCCCCCCCUAUAAAUUUUGUGGAGCAAGAAGAAGGAAUGAGAAAUUUUUGAGGCGGAAGAAGAAUGAAUGAGAGGAGGGAGGAGGAAGAAGGAAAGGAGAGCCCCCUAGCUCUGAAUCCUAGCUCCGCCGCUGACAAGGACAUGCUCGAUGACUGCACGAAUUAAUGAAACUCGUGUACUAGGGUUUAACUAGGCUAUGUCCAUAUAUGGUGUGUUAAUUUGUACGUGACUGAUCAUGGUGUGUAUAUAUGACCGAAUUAACAUGCUGUAUUUCUCAUGA